AUGAGAGAAAAUGGUCCUUCAAGAAGGGGAAGCAUCAACAAACCAAGGGUCCUGAAAAACAAACCAAUUGAGGUGCACAAGUGUGGGAAGACUGAUCACCACAUUUCAAAAACUUCCCUCAAAUGGGAAUUGAAUGGAAGAAGGAAAGAGCUGAACGAGAGGAAAGGAAGAAGAACAGUGUCAACCAAGAAGAACAAGGAUCAACAAAGGGCUAUGGUUGCAUGCUGGGGAGAGAACAUCAGACGAGGACUCAGAAAAUGGAAGAUGGAGUUCGGAACAAGCACUUAUAGGCAAUUGGCAGAAUCCGAUGCAGGAAGGAAUCUGAGAAGAAUAGAAGAGGCAUUACGUAAAGGUGAGCUUGAAACUGGUAAGGGCUUGAAUCAAGAAUUGGGUCUUGCUAGAGCUGGUGAUACACGAUGGGGUUCUCAUUACAAAUCCUUUAAUAAUUUUAUCCUUAUGUUUGGCCCUAUUAUUGAUGUGCUUGAUGCUAUUGCUGUUAAUGCACGUUUUGAAGAAAAAUGUAAGGCAAAGGGAUAUCUUAAAGCAUGUUUAACAUUUGAAAUUGUCUUCAUGUUAUAUUUAAUGCGUACUAUUUUAGCAAUCACAAAUGAGCUUAGUGCAGCCUUUCAAAAGAAGGAGCAAGAUAUUGUAAAUGCUAUGUUACUUGUUGGAGUGGCAAAGGAUCAAUUGCAAGAACUGCGAAAGAAAGGUUGGGAUUCACUUAUUAAUGAGGUAUCUAAAUUCUGUAUGAAAUAUGAUAUUUCAAUACCUGAAUUUGACGAGCUCUAUGUUAUCCCUGGAAGAUCACGUCGUAGGGUUGCUGAGUAUACUGUUUCACAUCACUACCGUGUUAAGGUAUUUUAUAGAAUUAUUGAUUGGCAAUUUCAAGAACUCAAUAGUCGCUUUGAUGAGGUGACAACGGAUUUGCUUCUUGGAGUUGCUUGCUUGAACCCAGCUGACUCUUUUUCCAAUUUUGACAUUGAAAAGAUAUUGAGAUUAGCUGAGUUAUAUCCUGAUGAUUUUGAUAAAUAUUCUAUGGUCGACCUUCGAUUUCAGCUUCAGAAUUACAUUGUUGAUGUCCGAGAUCAUGAUAAAAGGUUUUCAGAUCUUAGGGGACUUGGUAAUCUUUCCACGAAAUUAGUAGAGACAAAGAAGCAUGGGACUUAUCCUCUUAUUUUUCAACUUGUAAAAUUUGCUUUACUUUUGCCAGUUGCUACUGCUACAGUUGAGAGAGCUUUUUCGGCAAUGAAGUUGAUUAAGACUGAUUUGCGGAGUCGAAUGGAUGAUGAGUUUUUGAGUAGUUGUUUGGUGCCUUAUAUAGAAAAGGAUGUAUUUAGUCUUAUUCCUAAUGAGGCUAUUAUGAAUACCUUCCAAAAUAUGAAAACUCGUCGAGGAGAGCUGUAG